AUGGACGAGAAGAUAGAACUUGAAACAUUAGAGCUGCCAAACAGUGUUCAAAUACAUAUUCAGCAGAUUGUGAAGCAGAAUUCAAGCCUCUCUAGUCAGUAUGCUAAAGAGUUAGGAACAGUUCUGACAACCUUAGCGGUGCUGCCCUUCAAAGACGAAAUACAACGGGAAAGUUUCUUUGAUAAGAUUCAGAGUUUACAGGGUUACCACAUCAUUGAAAUUUUCAAUGUAGGAAUUGCUCCACGUCAAAAAUCAGCAAGAGAAUCUUCAGUCCAAAUUCUGCAAGAUGUGACGAAGCUUUUCGACAUCUGUGCAUCUUUUUGCUACACCAGAGAGGUUCCGAUGCGAAUCUCUUUUGACCUUUACCUAUGUGCUUUGAAAUUCUGUUUUCCCCCAGAUAACGAGCAAAGCCUACCAGUCACAGUUGUUUCCCUGUUGCUCGAACUUGUGCAGACUUUUCAGCACAGAAGAAUUAAAGCUGAGCUGGAAUCAUCGUCGAAUUUUAAAAUGUUCCGCAGACGUGAUGUUACUACUAGCGAUUUCUUUGAAAAAAUUCUUGAUCUUUUUGAAAGGAGGCGACACGAUGGCUACCUCUUAGAAAUGAUUAAUCAAACGGUGAGGCUUGCUACUGCUGAUGAAAAACUUGCAAUUAAACUAGUCGAGGAUGCGACAUCGCAAGGCGAAAAAACGCUUUCGUCUUUCUUGUUGGUAGAGUGGAUGAAGCUCCUGGAAUUAGCAAAUGUUAGCAGUGGUUUCGCCGUUGCUCUGGGAGAGAUUGAUCUCUCCGGAAAGAAAAUCGAACCAUUCUUUUCAGGUAUAGUCAGAUGUCAAGCCUAUAACUUUCCAUACCAAUCUACCAUUUCAUACUUUUGGAAAGUUUUGUUAGAGAUCAAUAGAAACUGUAGCGACUUGAGUAUUCCUAACGACAAGGAUAGGAUGGAAAUAUUCUUCAGUCAUGUUAGUCAGUUUUGUGUCCAUCCUAAGAUUGCUUCAUUAUCACUCCAGUUACUAGCGGCAAAAAGUAUUUCAAAUGACUUGUUGAGACAAACUCUUGAAGCAUUCCUUCACAAACAAAGACAGGAAACUGACUUUACUGUGAAAGCGACUGAACUUGUUUUGAAAGUUUCACUACUACGUCCAGAGGGUGAACUUUUGAAAGAGAUCAUGGAAUUCUGGAGCCGUGCUUUUUCAGAUGAUCCAAGGCCAGCAACUCUUGUGUGCUUGUUGGCUGUUUUCGAGGAAGAUCCAAAUAACGAAGGGAAAACGGCCAAGAGGAUACUUAAUUUCCUAGAACGACUCCGUCGCCCUAUAUUACUCUUGAUGCCAUUCUGGCAUAAUAUCUUUCAUUUUCUCUUAAAGAUAUUUCCAAACACUUUUGACUCACGCCCUGAGGUGUUAGCGCUGAUCCAAGAAGCGGCUGAAUUGGCAGGGAAAGCAGUGCAGGGACAAUAUCAAUUAUAUUUCGCCAACAUUCAGGUACUAACUUUCCAAUUUUUACAGUGGGUUUGUGAACAAGAUUGCACAGAGGAAGCCAAGAGCGAGAUGAUUUUGCUUCUUUCUUGUAUUACUCACAGUGAAAUAGCGAACCACAGAUUGGCGACCACACUUGAUAGAGAAGUUCUGAUAACCCUACUAUUGUGUAAACAGUUAUCAUUUAUUUCAAAGGAGAACGUUGUUCGUGAACUUAUGUCUUUAGACCAACGUUUACAGGAACCGGAUCAGCGAACUCUAAAAUUAUCUAUUGAAAGCAUCGCAUCAAGUCCUGAAUGCACAGAGGAAAUGUUUUGUGAAAUUUUUGCUCUUGUUAAGAAUUUUAUUGAUGGAAAAGGCCCCAAAACUACAGCUGAACUCUUUUUCCAAACUCUGUUAUGGUUGUCGACAGUGAUAAUCUCUAAUAACAGAAGACUUAGAGUGAUUAGGAACUUCUGGAACGGUGAAUCUGAAACUAGUUUCAAGAUUUCCAGGUUCAUUUUGCUGCUUAUGAAAAUACAAGUAGUUUUCCUCAUAGAAGGAGGAGAUGACUACUUUGAUCUUCUGGUUCGUAUAGUUUUUGAGACUUUUAAAGGCGAUUUUGGUCUAUGUGAACAGCUGUUUUGUGCCUUGGAGCCUCAUGUUCGGCUUCCCUCAUCAUUUGUUUUAAAAGUCUGGACUGCUGCUGUCGCUGGGUUGAUAUCCUUAGGGCUGUAUAAGAAAGAAAUUGACUCGUUUUGUUGCCUUCCUAUUCUUCAAAGCGCACAGGGAUUUGAUUCUUCAUUUGAAACUUUGCAACUUCUGUUUUUAGCGAGAUCAACAGCUCUCACCCUAUCAAGGCGCAACUUACGCAGCCGCACCGAAGCCUCUUCACAAACCAUGGAAAGAAGCAACCUCCUCGGGAACUUUGUAAAGGCUGCUAGAACUAUCCUUGUUUCGAAAACGUUGUCGACUAUGCAAAAAAUGCAAUUGGUAAGGAAAGUUGGAGAUGUUCUACUAUGUACGACUCAAAUUUCCACAGCUUUGAUACCUGCCUUGGCGCGUCUAAUCCCAUACGUUUCUGGGACACAAUGUAACCUUCCCGGUACUGACGGUAUCCAAGCGAAGGUUGAUCGUAUCGUCGCCAUAUUGAGUAAUCCGAAAUUGGUAAAUGAGCUCUCAAGAAUUCCACAAGCUGUCAAAACUGAUGAUCUUUUCCAAGCCGUGUCCAAGAAUAUGUCAGAUGUGUCUUCUGAACUGAAAUCAGUGGAGAUUCUCCUGUUUAUUGCCUCCAUGCAAGACUUAGGUGAAGAAUUAUUCAUACAUUUGUUACCUUUUGUUGAGGAAACCAUUAACAAGUUCUCAUCAGUGGAGGACGUUCUAGAAGUUUUGAAAGAGCUGGUGCAUUUGCUUCGUCAAGUUCAAACAGAACUGAUUCCUUUUAUGUUUAUCAACUUCGCGUAUUUCAUCGAAAAAGCAGUCGAAAAACAGAAGAGAGACAAAUUUCUCUUAGAAAUUGCCAUGAAAUGGAAAACUUCCCUCAGCCACGAGGUGCUUUCGUUUUUGGAAGUCCCGCGACUUCUUUGGAAAGCUUACAAUACCACCAGCGCCCCAUCAAAGAGAGGUGAGCUGAUCGCUCGUUUGCAAGAAGUAAUCAGUAAAAACGAAACGUCACGGCACGAAUGGGUGCUGAAAGAAAACUACGGUCAGCUUCUUGUAGCGCUAUUUGACAAGCUCUUCGGGCAACCAGAAACAGCCUUUAUUAGUAGACGGAUCGCUUGCUGUGAGCUGGAGUGGCUCAUUUUCCAUUCCCCACUGUCAAAUAAGGAUGCUGCUCUUGCAUUUGAUCUCAGCUACCUUUUCUCUCAAACGCAAGGCUAUCGUCAAAGAUCUUUAUCUCUCUCCGAUGUAAGGAUUGAAGAUGGGGUUUUUAAGUUUUACAGGGAAAAGACGGCGCCUGAAGUACUCGACGGAAGCACUUGUACAACAUCCUUGAUCGAAGAGGGAUCAACGUCUUCGGCCAUGAAGACACAAGAGGCUCUUCUUAUUCCGGUUUUAAUGGCCCAGAAAUUAAUUGUCUGUUUAACCCGACUACUUGGCCCAAUGGAAAACCUCACUGAAAAUGUCCGGUCCGUUUGGAAACUUGUCUGUGAAUCCCAACAAAAGGUUAAACCUGAAGUACGCUGUGGCUGCGAUUUUUUUAUCGAUGAUUACCAGGAAAUAUUUGAGUCAAUUCUCACAGAAGCGUCCUCUAAGGAAAUUGUUUUCCACUGGGCAAGCCAAAAUCCGCACCAUGCUGUUCAGUGUUCAGAGGUUAUUUUGAGUGCGUGCAGAUUGCAAAGAAAAGAGAUAAGAGAUACUGACAAUGAAGCUGCCCUAAAUUUUCAAACUCUUGUUAGUACAAUAUUGAGUAAAAUGAGGCCAUUUUACGUGGCGUGCGGUGGCGGUAUCGAGUCUGAUCUGAAACAUUUGAGUACCUUUCUUAAAUGUCGAUUGCCGAUUCAAGUGAAGACAGGAGUUCUCGAACUCUAUCAAGUUGAUAUACAAGCAGGGAUCAAUGCCGGAGAAUUUCUCUCGUCGUGGUCCUCCAUUGAGCAGUCUCUGAAGCUGUUGGAGAAAGUUCGAUCUUACUACGAAGCGGGUGAGAUGUUGCCUUCCGAUUCCGAGGAGACUGAAUUUGUGUGGCAGCUUCUGAAAUCAUUUGUUCGCCAUGGUAUGAUAAACUCGUGUGAAGGUGUUAUAGCCAUGUAUGAGCACCUACUAAACCUACGUGACCCAGAGGAUCCAUAUGGUCUCAACAGGUUGCCCACAUGGCAAAAGGCAAUGAUGGUAUCAGGAUAUUGCACAACAAGGUCAAUCGACUCUUGGUGUGUAGCCUUUCUGAAGACACCGUUCGUCGAUCUUAAGUCGCGGGACAUUGAUGCCAUUGCCAGUCUAGAUUUUGACGCUCUGCAACUUGUCGCACCUGUGUCUGAAACAAUCAAACGAGUCAUCUUUCCUGAAGAUGGUUUUGAAGUCACACAGGGAGAAGGGAUCAAGUCAAGUUCAAUCAGGGAACGCAUUCGACUAGCUAAGUUAAUUGGGGAUUUUAUCGAUAUUUUGAAGCUUCUGAAACCCAACGAAAAUCCUAAAGUUUCAAAUGUGACAGAUUUAGUCGUCGGUACCUGCAAUGAGCUUUGUACAACUUUUGAGAGAGAGAGAAAGAAAAGUGAACUCUACAAAAUUCGUGGCCAGGCAUUGAAGGCUAUAUUCGUAGAAAUAUUACUCAGUGAAAAAGAGAGUAAAGAACUUUUUUGGACAAACCAAGAGGAUCAGAAAGAAUCAAGCAGCAGAGUGGCUGUUGCCCGGCAGCGCUCUCGUCUGCAGGAAAACCCGACUCUGUGUGUAUUGAGAAACAAUGGGCAUCUUGACCCAGUGCUAGAGCCUUUGCUACGGCGUUGGCUUUCGGGGAUCGUUGGUAAAAGACCAACCCUAGCCUCUCUCACUCGGGAAAUUCUUCAGCUACUGCCCUCCGACUUUGGCCUCGCUAAUCGUCCAAAGUAUCAAGCCGACAUUCAAGCUCGCAUUUUAUCGUUUGAAAGAAAUCAAUCGCUCAUGGCCGAACUUCAAGUAGCAGGAUACAACCGAAGAGAGCAAGACAAUCCUGACCUAUGGUCCUCACCUACGAUUGAGCUUUCCUGCUUCCUUAGCAAGCGUGAGUCAUCGAGUCGCAGAACCUAUUUCAAGAAAUUGACAGAGGUCCUUAGAUCUCACUGGUAUGGGUGGACGGACCUGCUUUCCAUGUGUAAUGUUGACUCUGUUGAAGUUGGUGGGGAUGUGGUUCGCAGAGAUGAUCUCUUUGGCUUUCAGGCAUCCCUAGAAGAGAUGGAGGAGCAGGUGGCUGCCGUUAAGGAACGGGCCAGGAAACUUAGCUCUGCACCUAUUAAUACAGAGAUGUUCAGUUCACCAGAAGUUAUUGACAGACGGAUCAACAACUUGUUACUUAGUGAACGACAACAUCGAAGAAGGAUAGCAAAGCUGUACGAUCGCCCUAGCGUGAGUAAACCCUAUACGAUU